AUGCCGUGGUCACCAGUCGGCUUACUCGAGCGCCUGCGCCGUCCUCAACAGCUCGGCAGUGACAUGCUCGUCGACGCCGAGUACGACGAGAAGCAGGACGUUGCCAUAAUCUCUCCCGACGACGCUAUGGACGAGGCCGAGCAGGAGCCCGAGCCGCGCGCCGACGACUUCGAGGCCAUGAAGAAGCGCUACAUGCCCGAGCUUCCCGACCUCGACACUGAGGCCGAGGCCGCUCACACAUGGGAGAUCAAGGAGUGGAGGAAUAUGGCCCGCCGGGAGCAUGGUCCCGUCUUCAAGUGUGCAGACCACCCGUGGCGGAUACUAUUCUUCCCCUACGGAAACAACACGGAUCACGCGUCCUUCUACCUGGAGCAGGGCUUCGACGACAGCAAGCCGCCUGAGGAUUGGUAUGCCUGCGUGCAAUUCAUGCUUGUGUUGUGGAACCCCAACGACCCCUCCAUCUAUGUCCAGCAUUCCGCAACACACCGCUUCACCGGCGACGAGGGUGACUGGGGUUUUACACGCUUCGCCGAGCUCCGCAAGCUCUUCCAGACGCCCUGGGAGGAUCGCGACCGCCCGCUGGUCGAGAACAACAGCGCCAACGUCACCGCAUACGUCCGCGUUAUCAAGGAUCCCACCGGCGUGCUCUGGCACAACUUUGUGAACUACGACUCGAAGAAGGAGACUGGCAUGGUUGGAUUGAAGAACCAAGGCGCCACCUGCUACCUCAAUUCGCUGCUGCAGUCGCUGUACUUCACCAAUGCUUUCCGCAAGGCCGUCUACCAGAUCCCCACCGAAAACGAGGCCGAGCGCAGCAACAGCGCCUACGCCCUGCAGAGACUCUUCUACCAGCUACAAACAAGUAACGUUGCAGUAUCCACCAAUGAGCUCACCGCAUCCUUCGGCUGGGAUUCCCGGCAGAUCUUCGAGCAGCAGGAUGUCCAGGAGCUGUCCAGAAUUCUGAUGGAGCGCAUGGAGGAAAAGAUGAAGGGCACCGAGGCCGAGAACGCACUCCCCAAGAUGUUCGUGGGUAAGAUGAAGACUUACAUCUCCUGCAUAAAUGUUCCCUACGAGUCAUCACGUAUCGAGGACUUCUGGGACAUCCAGCUCAACGUUAGCGGUAAUAAGAAUCUGGAUGACAGCUUCAAGGACUACAUCCAGGUCGAGACGAUGGACGGCGAGAAUAAGUAUUUCGCAGAGGGCUACGGCCUCCAGGAUGCCAAGAAGGGUGUUAUCUUUGAGAGCUUUCCGGACGUCUUACAUCUCCAGCUGAAACGCUUCGAGUAUGACUUCAACAGGGAUGCCAUGAUGAAGGUCAACGAUCGUUACGAAUUCCCCGAGGUUUGGGAUGCUGCACCGUACCUCUCUGAAAGUGCAGACAAAUCAGAACCCUACCUUUACCACCUUCACGGCGUGCUCGUGCACAGCGGAGAUCUCAACGCCGGCCAUUAUUACGCUUUCUUGAAGCCUACCAAGGACAGCCCCUACUUCAAGUUUGAUGACGACCGUGUCACACGUGCCACCGUCAAGGAGGCCCUGGAGGAGAAUUUCGGAGGCGAUUAUACAAAUCUCGUCAAUGGCAAUGCUCAGCAGCGAAACCCGUACACCCGUACUUGGUCGACUAAGAGAUCCAUGAGCGCCUACAUGUUGGUAUACAUCCGGGAGAGUCGCCUGGACCAGGUUCUCCCCAGCGAUGAGGAAGUGCAGCCUCCUACACAUUUGGCACAAAAGUUCGCAGAAGAGCGAGCUGCCUUUGAGAGAAAAAAGAAAGAGCGCGAGGAGAUGCACCUUUACCUGCAUGUUUCCGUGGCCACCGAAAAGAACUUCACCUCCCACCAAGGAUUUGACGUAGCUCCAUGGUCGAAGGACGUCGAAGGCGAUGCAUCGCCGAAGACGUACAAGGUCUUGAGGACCAUGACAAUUGCUGAUUUCACCAGCAUGGUAGCUCAAGACAUCGGUGCUGAAGCUAAGCUCCUCCGGCCCUGGGCUAUGGUCAACCGACAGAAUGGAACGGUUCGUCCGGAUGCCGUCAUCACCUUCCCUGACAUGACUGUUGAAGAAGCGGCCACCAAGUUCGGCACCAAGUCUGGAAACUUUAAGGUCUGGAUGGAAGAAACAAAGGAGACGGAUGCUGAAGGCAAGCCCGUGUUUGGCGAUGCGCACGUUGACCUCCACGGAGUCGCGAACAACAGGCCAAUCAUGCUCUACCUGAAGUAUUUCGACCCGGAUGAGCAAACUCUCUUCGGAAUCGGUACUUUCUACGCGGCCUGGCAGGAUAAGGUCAUGGAUCUGUCUCCUCAAAUCUUGAAACUUGUGGACCUUCCGGCCGGCACUAACCUGAAGCUUUUCGAGGAAAUCAAGUCGAACAUGAUUGAGCAGAUGAAGCCCAAGGUCACCCUCGCUUCCUCGGAGAUCCAGGAUGGCGACAUCAUUACAGUCCAGAAAUCAUUGUCCGAAAAGGAAGCCGCGGCCAUUUCCAGCACUGGCCGAUACACUGAUGUUAGGGAAUUCUACGAUUAUCUGUUGAACCGCGUGCAUGUGCACCUCGCACAGAAGGGCCAGGACAAGGACAACGAUACGAGUUUCUACAUGUGGCUGAGCAAGAAGAUGACAUACGAUCAAUUUGCCGCCAAGGUGGGCGAGCAUCUGAAGGUGGACCCUACGCACAUUCGUUUCAGCACAGUCAACAUUUCCACCGGAAAGCCUAAACUGCCAAUCAAGAGGACCGCAAACAUGACGCUCAGCCAAAUACUCUACCCUAGCACGUACCCGACGUACGGUAACCCGCACAAUCAGAGGGUAGACGCAUUGUACUACGAAAUUCUCGAGUACAGCUUGUCCGAAAUGGACCAAAUGAAGAGCUUCAGGGUUUCUUGGCUGCCCGAGGGAGUGAUAAAGGAGGAGCAGUACGACAUCCUGGUGGCCAAGAACGGAACAAUGGACGACUUGAUCAAGGGCUUGCAGAAGAAGGCGGGCUUCGACGAUGCAACGGCCGCCAAGGUCCGCCUUUACGACGGCUCGAGCAAUCGUUUCAAGCAAGAAAUUCCCAGAGAAAAGGGAGCAUUGAGCAUUCACGAGUUUGCUACUCUGUAUGCGGAGAAGAUACCGGAGGAGGAAUCGACAAUAGACAGUGAAGCGGGAGACAGCAUCAUCACGUGCUUCCAUUUCGACAAAGAGCCGUCCAAGCCACACGGUAUUCCCUUUGUCUUCGCUGUUAAGGCCGGCGAGGCUUUCAAAGACACCAAGGAGCGUCUCUCGAAACGUACUGGCAUCAAGGGCAAGCAGCUCGAGAAGAUCAAAUUUGCCAUUGUGGUGGGCAGUGGAGGAUUCCCUAAGGCCGAGUAUCUUGGCGAUGACGAUAUCCUUGCGGAGAAGAUUAGCAGCCAUCAAGAGGACAUUUCCCUCGGCCUGGAUCACGUCAACAAAGCGCGCUCAACAUGGGGCAAGACAGAUUCGAUCUUCAUCAAAUGA